UUGUGCCGCGCAGGGCUGAGGGCGGCUUAAGCUGCUUCAGCUCACCAGCACGCACUCACGGUGCUCGACUCUUUCAUCAUCUCAUCAUAUAUCAUCUUUUUUUGUGUGCGUGUGUGUGUGUGUCUCAGCCAAAUUCACUCCGCCGCAUUGUCGAAAAGUAGCUGCCGUCAGCCUAGCAGCCGGUGAGCCAACCAACUGCCCAUAAGCCUUGCUUUGAACUGGAUGCGCGACGACGCAGCAGUUGUACUAAACAUGAUGCUGCUGGUGCGUCUUUACCCCCCCUCCGCUGGCGGAAUUUGUCUCACAUACUUUGACCUACCGGUACCAGCACGUCUUACAGUAUUGUACUCCGUAGAUGACGAACAAGAAAGAAAUGAGACUGCGAGAAUGGAUGCUGCAACAGCGGGAACACAUGUGGACCGAAAAUCUCAAAUACUAAACUCCUAUUUAUGGCGCCAUCAACAUACAUCACACGACCCGUCUCUCAUGGGGGUCGCACUACAAGUACAAACGAUUCAUCCAAUACACAACAAAAACGUUUGCUGCUGGAAAACGAGGCAAUCACUAAAGACCCUAAGCAACUCUAGGAUUUGGAAGCAAGGGGCUCGUACAGAUAGCCUUGAUAUCUUCCUUUGUACACUCACCUGUACCCCUAUGUGCUGAUAGGAACAUGUCGACUUAACCCCCUCCCCAGCUCCAGCUUUCUUGCCAACAGGGGAGACACCCUGGUGAUGCAAGCUGGGAAUAGGGGGACCCUGCCCCUUCGCUUUCGGCAAUCGCUGGGCACCUUGCCCCAUACUGAUGGAGCUAUUUAUACAUGAAA